GGAGGGGAGAUGUUCCUCGGGCCAUGGCCGGGUCUCUCAGGCACACUUCUAUUAUCUCUAUUGUUUCCUCUAUUGGUUCACGAGUGUGGGAAAUUGUGGCAUGCAAAAGACUUGCUUAUCAGCCAGAGGCUUGUGCUUAUAAAUACAGAUGAGUGCUGGCAGGAGACAUAACAUUCACCCUUGGCUACAACACAAACACUAGCUCUUUCUCCAUAAAGAAUGGCUCCCAGUCUGCAGAUGUUGCCAGAUGAUACUAAAGGACAGCUUCAUGACUUGAAAAAAAAUAAGAUAAGAAAGCCAGUGAUUGAGAAGAUGAGAAGAGAUCGCAUCAACAACAGCAUUGAGCAGCUCAGGAUAUUACUGGAGAGAAACUUUCAGACGCAUCAUCCCCAUUCCAAGUUGGAGAAGGCGGACAUAUUGGAAAUGGCAGUGAGCUACCUACAGCAACAGAAGAAACAUCAGAUGAACCGUUCCCAGCUACUUCCAGAAAAUGUGCAGGACUCCUAUUAUCAAGGCUACUACAUGUGUUUAAAAGAGACAGUGGGCUUUCUGCAUACCCAGGAGAACGGACUAGUUCAAGAAGGGGAUAAAAACCUUUCAUGGACUGAUUCUUGCCUUCCUGCACCCUAUCAAACAUUCUACCAACAAAGAGUUUCUUUUCAAGUCUCUCCAAGCAGUAUGAAAAUAUGGAGACCGUGGCAGGUUCUUUCUCCUCCUUAAAAUCAAGGACUACCCAGUUGUGGAAGCAAGUACAAAGGGUAUAACCCUAUAUAUUAAUUUUGUCAUUGUGGACACCAUGUUUCCCGCCCAUGAUGGAAUUAAGUUAUAGGGUUAUAGUCUUGUGCAACUGUGUUUUUAUUUCACUUGAGACACUGAGUGCCAAAUACACGGCACAAAUAUUAGCACAGGAAAGAACGUUGCAAGUGUGAUACAGGUAUGAGUCUGCUAUCUUUCAGUUCCUCAUAGACAAUACAGUGUCGGUUGAAUUUAUUGCAGAUAUGUCAAUAUACUAAACCAGUUUAUGAUUGGUAACAGAUUCCAGUGAUAAGUUAUAACGCUGGCAAUCAAAUUUUUUUGUUCUGAGAAAGCUGGUAAUCUCAAAUUUGCUUUGAGAUAUUGUGGCUAUUCAGAUUUGUCUCAGCAGCACAGGAUGAUGCUGAUUAUUGCUUGUGUUAAGAAUGGAGGUUUAUAUCAUUUUCAUUGUCUUGUUUCUUUUAGCCAUUUCCCUGUAGUUUUUAUUUUAGGAAUCAUCCUAGUUCCAUUAAGUCCUGAAUUCUUUUUACAGAACAGGUAAAGGAUCGGUUAUCUGGACACCCAUUAUCCAUUUUAUCCAGAUAUUUAAAAAUAAUUUCCUUUUUCUCUGUAAUAAUAAAACAGUAGCUUGUACUUGAUCCAAACUAAGAUAUAAUUAAUCCUUAUUGGAAGCAAAACCAGCCUAUU